CAUCAUCACGGAUAUAACCAGAGCACGCACAAGAGUUGUAUGAAAUGACGUGGAAUGUGUAACUUGUCUACAAGCGCGAUAUCAAAGUGCGCAUGAUUUCGAGAGUAUUUAAUAAAACGAGCUACUGUAGACUUUAUUGAAGUUCCAAGUUUAAAUGUGCUUAUAGUCAUAGUUUGCUAUCAAACGUUAUUGUUUCUAGUGUCAGUUCGCUAACAGUAGCUUCUGCUAACUACCACAACUAAAUUGAGAAGCGAGUUCACGGAACCAGAGCUAGCUAGCCCAAGUGACAGAGUUCCUACUAGCUAGGAUCUUCUGGUUCUCUAAAAUCGAUAGCUACGUUAUAUGGAUACAGCAAGAUGACUUCAACAGAAACGUCUUGAGACGUGUCACUGAUGAGCCAAUGAUUGAUACGGUGUUGAAGCGAAUGCUCAUCAGUAGUUUGUUAGCCUGCUAGGUAGCUACUUCCUAAGACGCCGGAACCCGCCUUUAAGCUUACCCAGUUAAGUGGUUUGGGCUCGAGACUUACGCUAGUUAGCUGUAGUUGAAGCUAACUAGCCGGUUGUAGUGUAAGGACAGGAGAAUAGCAAGCUGUCAAGAUGGGUUCGUUGUUCCGAAGUGAAGAGAUGUGUUUGGCCCAGCUGUUUCUGCAGUCUGGAUCGGCAUACGACUGCAUUAGCGAACUGGGAGAAAUGGGUCUGGUGGAAUUCAGAGACCUCAACCCCAGCGUAAACCUAUUCCAGCGGAAGUUUGUCACAGAGUUAAAACGAUGUGAGGAAAUGGAGAGAAUUCUAGGGUACCUUCUAAGGGAAAUCAAGAGAGCAGACAUCCCACUUCCAGAGGGAGAAGUGAACCCGGUUGCACCCCUGCCCAAGCAUGUCCUGGUUAUAAUGGAGCAGUUGCAGAGGCUGGAGGUGGAGCUGAGUGAGGUGACCAGGAAUAAGGAGAAGCUACAGAAGAACCUUCUGGAGCUGACCGAGUACACACACAUGCUGCGUAUCACACGCAACUUUGUGCACCGCGGCACAGAAUGUGAGCCCCUGCACGCCCAGUAUGAGGACUUCUCCUUCCUAGAGGACUCCAUGAUGGAGUUCACAAGCAUGCAGCGGCUAGGAGCCAAACUAGGGUUUAUAUCAGGGCUGAUUCAGAGGGUGAAGAUAGAGGCCUUUGAGCGCAUGCUGUGGAGAGUGUGUAAGGGCUACACCAUUCUCAGCUACUCUGAAAUUGACGAGUAUUUGGAGGACCCUGACACGGGUGAGCCAACUAAGAGUGUGGUGUUCCUCAUCUCCUAUUGGGGUGAGCAGAUCGGACAGAAAGUCAAGAAGAUCUGUGACUGCUACCACUGUCACGUGUAUCCAUACCCUAACAGCAAUGAGGAGAGGAAUGACGUUGUGGAGGGACUCAGGACUCGCAUCCAGGACCUGCACACUGUUCUGCACAGGACCGAGGACUACCUGAGACAGGUGUUGAACAAGGCCUCUGAGUCUGUCUACACCUGGGUCAUCCAGGUCAAGAAGAUGAAGGCCAUCUACCACAUCCUCAACCUGUGCAGCUUUGAUGUCACUAACAAGUGUCUGAUAGCCGAGGUGUGGUGCCCUGUCAACGACCUGCCGACCCUGCGGAGGGCGCUUGAGGAAGGCUCUAGGAAAAGUGGAGCCACAGUGCCUUCUUUUGUCAACCGUAUCCCCAGCAACGACACUCCGCCCACCCUGAUAAGGACCAACAAGUUCACCUCAGGCUUCCAGAACAUAGUGGAGGCCUAUGGAGUGGGCAACUAUAGAGAGGUUAACCCAGCUCCUUACACAGUCAUCACCUUCCCCUUCCUGUUUGCUGUGAUGUUUGGAGACCUGGGCCAUGGUGUGAUCAUGGCUCUGUUUGCUCUCUGGAUGGUGCUGUAUGAGGACAACCGCAAACUGAAGCGCACAAGAAACGAGAUCUGGAACACGUUCUUCGAGGGCCGUUACAUAAUCCUGAUGAUGGGCUUGUUCUCGGUCUAUACCGGCCUCAUCUACAACGACUGCUUCUCCAAGUCUCUCAACAUAUUUGGCUCGGGCUGGAGCGUCAACGCCAUGUUUAAAUCUGGAAAGUGGGCUUGGGAUUCCACGCUCCGCACCAAUGCCGUUCUGACCCUUGAUCCCAACGUCCCUGGGGUUUUCAAUGGACCCUACCCUUUGGGCAUUGACCCGAUUUGGAACUUGGCGACAAAUCGUCUGACCUUUCUGAACUCCUACAAGAUGAAGAUGUCUGUGAUCGUGGGUAUCAUUCACAUGAGCUUCGGGGUCAUCCUAGGUGUCUUCAACCACCUACACUUCAGAAAGAAGUUCAACCUGUACUUAGUAUUCCUCCCGGAGCUGCUGUUCCUGCUGUGUUUGUUUGGCUACCUGGUCUUCAUGAUCAUCUACAAGUGGCUGGCCUUCUCUGCCCGCGACUCCCAGAUGGCCCCCAGCAUCCUCAUCCACUUCAUCAACAUGUUCCUCAUGCAAGGGGACGGGGUGCCGCCCCUCUUCCCAGGACAGGUUGGGCUGCAGGUGUUCCUGGUGGUCAUUGCUCUACUAUCAGUGCCUGUCUUACUGCUGGGGAAACCAGUUUACCUCUACUGGCUGCACAACGGAGGAGCCAACCUCAUGGGAAUGUACAGGGGUUAUGAGCGUGUGCGGCGGCACAGCGAGGAAGAGCUUUCCCUGAUGAGGGCUCAUGACAUGGAGGAAGGCAGUGUCCACAGUGACCUCUCCACCAGCAGAGAGCACCAGAAAGAGGAGUUUGACUUUGGGGAUGUUUUCCUGCACCAGUCUAUUCACACCAUAGAGUACUGCCUGGGCUGCAUCUCCAACACAGCCUCCUACCUGCGCCUCUGGGCUCUGAGUCUGGCACAUGCCCAGCUGUCGGAGGUGCUGUGGUCCAUGGUGAUGCGGGUGGGCCUGCGGAUGGACACCAGUCUGGGCAUCAUGUUUCUGGUGCCAGUGUUUGGGAUAUUCGCCGUGCUCACUGUGUCUAUCCUCCUGGUUAUGGAGGGACUGUCUGCCUUCCUUCAUGCUCUCAGGCUGCACUGGGUGGAGUUCCAAAAUAAGUUCUACAGUGGGACUGGAAUCAAGUUUGUUCCCUUUGCCUUCUCCCUCCUGCCCUCCAGCUUUGAGCAUGAUGGCUUGCUGUGAAUGGGACACAAUGCUCCCGCACUCCCAGAGGCAAACUGCCACAAUGUACCAGCAGGAUCCUGUGCUAUUGAGCUAGCCUGCGUACCAGUCUCUUUGUGCCAUCAUGCCACUCCUUUUCAUGCCAAACAGGAUCAUCUACAAGUAGCUGGCCUUCUCUGCCCGCCACAUACACUACCGGUCAAAAGUUUUAGAACACCUACUCAUUCAAGGGUUUUUCUUUAUUUGUACUA